GGUGCAGUCAGACUGGCACCCGGGUCGCGGACUCCCUUGGCGUGGAGGUUGGGGUGUACCGUUGAAUAACCAAUUCGACUCCAGAAAAAAUAUGAAGCCUAUCUACUCUCUCACUGCACUUGCAGCUACCGUCCUAUCGACCGUCAAAGCACAACAGUCAAACUACGGACAAUGUGGUGGUAUUGGUUGGACAGGUACAUGUCUCGUCGAGGCCGCUGAGUUCAAGAGUGCUUAUUUCUUUCAAUAG